AUGAAUGUUAAUCGUAGUCAGCUGGUUCAAUUCAGAAUUCUUGGAUUUCCUGGACCUCUGAGUUUGCAAUACAUUUUCUUUUCCCUCCUGCUGAUAACAUAUCUAAUAACUCUCCUGAGUAACUCUGCGAUCAUCACUAUUACGCUGAUAGAAAGACGCCUGCACACUCCUAUGUACUAUUAUCUCCGCAAUCUCUCUUUUCUAGAAAUCUGUUACGUCUCUGUGACUGUCCCCAAAAUUCUGAGCACCGUCACAUCACAUGGGAGAUCCAUUUCAUUGUAUGGCUGCAUGACGCAGCUGUUUUUCUUCUUUGCGUUGGGAUCCACCGAAUGCUUCCUAUUCAGCCUAAUGGCCUACGACCGAUACCUAGCCAUCUGCCAGCCGCUGCGCUACACAACCCUGAUGAAUCGUACUAUGUGCCGUGGAGGCAGCCUGUGUGCCGCCAUUGGAGGCUUGAUCACCACCUUCCCCCAAAACAUCUUAAUCUCCCGACUUCCCUUUUGUGGAAGUGAUAUUAACCAUUUCUACUGUGACUCCCCUCCCCUUCUGCAGUUGUCCUGUACCAACACUUAUCUCAUAGACAUGAUGGAGUUUUUCAAUGCUUCCCUAGCGAUCCUGACUUCUCUGCUGGUGACUUUGAUUUCGUACGUGUAUAUUAUUGUCACCAUCAUUAAAAUACCUACAACUACCGGUCGGAAAAAAGCCUUUUCAACGUGUUUCGCCCAUCUAAUAGUUGUGUUUAUUUAUUAUAGUACUAUUACAUUUAUGUAUGUGAGACCAAAACUCAGUUUUAGUUUUUCCCUUAAUCGAGUUGUGGCGGUUUUUUAUACAGUGAUAACGCCUAUUCUUAAUCCUAUCAUUUACUGCCUGAGAAAUAAAGAUGUGAAAGAAGCCAUCAAAAAGCACCUAGGUUUGGAAACAAAUAAGGAAAUUAACUAGCAAGCUCCCAAUAAAAAAAAGACAGCAAUAAAAAUCUAGAAAAAU